CCACCACAUGAAAUGAAGUCAGCUGAGUAACAAAUAGAUUAUAAAAGUAAUUUAACGUAUCUCGUCAUAUGAAAUAGACUAUAUGAAAUCACGUAAAUUUAUGAAAUAAUUUUUGUUUAAUUUGCUGUAGUUGUCGGGAAUAUAUCCUAUUUGUCAUGUUUGAGUUGCGUCAAAGUUCGGUACAUAUUGUGGAUAAGUCAAACCCAAUGUAAACUCUUUUCAAACUUUCAGACCGUUGCUCUUCCUUCCUUGGCAAUCUUUGUUUUCUGGGUGUGAUGAAUCUUCCCUUGCACUCUUCUUCCUUCCCUAAUUCCCAUACCAUUCUAUACAUUAUCUAUCAGAGUACCACAAGGCAUGUCUCCUAUAUAUUCGAGGAAACUCUUCACUGAUCCAUCAAACAGAUCACAAAAAUUCAUCCUCAGAGUUCCUCUUUUCGCAGUGACAAAAUGCAUGUGGUGAAAAGGGACGGGAGCCAAGAACCGUUGCAAUUUGAAAAGAUCACGGCCCGGGUGAAGAAGCUGAGUUACGGGCUCAACGUCGAGCAUUGCGAUCCUGUUCUUGUCACGCGGAAGGUCUGUGCUGGGCUCUACGAGGGUGUCACAACCAUCCAACUCGAUGAAUUGGCUGCGGAAACUGCGGCUGCCAUGACCACGAACCACCCCGAUUAUGCUUUGUUGGCCGCAAGAAUCGCUGUUUCGAAUCUGCAUAAGAAUACGAAGGAGUCUUUUUCAGAGACGAUAAAGGUCAUGUACGACAAUUUCGAUAAGAGCUCUGGGCAGAAGAGUUCUCUUAUUGCUUAUGAUGUAUAUGAAAUAGUUAUGAAGAAUGCUGCACGCCUGGACAGUGAGAUAAACUAUGACAGAGAUUUUGAAUAUGAUUAUUUUGGCUUCAAAACUCUUGAGAGGUCAUAUCUUUUAAAGGUUGAUGGGAAGGUUGUGGAAAGGCCUCAGCACAUGUUAAUGAGAGUUGCCGUUGGUAUCCACAAAGAUGACAUGGUCUCUGUUCUUAAGACAUACCAUUUGAUGUCUCAGCGUUGGUUCACUCAUGCUACCCCUACCCUUUUUAAUGCAGGAACUCCACAGCCCCAAAUGAGUAGCUGCUUUCUUGUGUGUAUGAAAGAUGAUAGCAUUCAGGGAAUAUUUGAUACCUUGAAGGAAUGUGCUGUUAUUAGCAAAUCAGCUGGAGGAAUUGGUUUCUCUGUUCAUAAUAUCCGUGCAACAGGCAGCUACAUUUGUGGGACAAAUGGGACUUCUAAUGGCAUUGUUCCUAUGCUUCGUGUGUUUAAUGAUACUGCUCGUUAUGUUGAUCAAGGGGGAGGAAAGAGAAAGGGAGCUUUCACUGUAUACUUGGAGCCAUGGCAUGCUGAUGUCUUUGAGUUUUUAGAUCUUAGAAAGAACCAUGGAAAGGAAGAAUAUCGGGCUCGAGAUCUAUUUUAUGCUCUUUGGAUACCUGACCUCUUUAUGGAAAGAGUGCGAGGUGAUGGACAAUGGUCUUUGUUUUGCCCAAAUGAGGCUCCCGGUUUGGCUGAUUAUUGGGGAGAAGAAUUUGAAAAUUUGUACACCCAAUAUGAAAAGGCGGGAAGGGCAAAGAAGGUUAUAUCUUCUAGGAAACUCUGGUUUGAGAUCUUAAAUUCCCAGAUUGAAACUGGAACUCCUUUUAUGCUUUUCAAGGAUUCUUGUAAUAGGAAAAGUAACCAACAGAAUCUGGGCACCAUCAAGGCCUCAAACCUCUGCACCGAGGUCAUUGAGUUCUCAAGUCCGACUGAAACUGCAGUUUGCAAUUUGGCAUCCAUUGCUUUACCUCGAUAUGUGAGGGAUAAGGGCGCUCCUAUUGAGCCACACUCGUCUAAGCUUGUUGGAAGUAGGGAUUCAAAAAACCGAUAUUUUGACUUUGACAAACUCGCAGAGGUUACUAGAGUAGUUACGGCAAAUCUCAACAAAGUCAUUGAUAUAAACUACUACCCCAUUGAAACUGCAAAAAGGUCAAAUUUACGACACAGGCCGAUAGGCAUUGGAGUUCAAGGUCUUGCUGAUACCUUCAUCCUGCUUGGUAUGGCGUUUGAUUCACCAGAGGCCUUACAGCUGAACAAAGACAUAUUUGCAACCAUAUACUACCAUGCGCUGAAAGCUUCUUCUGAGUUAGCUUCAAAAGAUGGCCCUUAUGAGACCUAUCACGGAAGUCCUCUGAGCAAGGGAGUUCUUCAGGUGGACAUGUGGGGUGUAACACCAUCACCCCGCUGGGAUUGGGCUGCACUUAGGGAAAUGAUCUCACAAAAUGGAGUAAGAAACUCCCUCCUUGUAGCACCUAUGCCCAUUGCUUCAACCAGUCAGAUUCUUGGAAACAAUGAGUGUUUUGAACCUUAUACCUCCAACAUUUACACUCGCAGAGUUUUAAGUGGUGAAUUUGUUGUAGUGAACAAACACCUACUUCAUGAUUUAACGGAAAUGGGUCUUUGGUCUGAUGUGCUUAAGAAUAAGAUGAUAUAUGAGAAUGGCUCGGUUUUGAAGAUCCUUGAGAUUCCUGAAGAGCUGAAAGCUAUCUACAAGACUGUGUGGGAAAUAAAGCAAAAGACAUUGGUUGACAUGGCUGCUGAUCGUGGAUGCUACAUUGAUCAGAGUCAGAGUCUGAAUAUUUACAUGGACCAACCUGAUCCUGGGAAGCUAACUUCCUUGCAUUUUUAUGCUUGGUGUAAGGGUCUGAAAACAGGAAUGUAUUAUCUGAGAACACGUGCUGCAGCUGAUGCUAUCAAGUUCACUGUUGACACCUCUGCUCUUAACAGUGAGAAUGCUAGAAGGGUUGAAGCUGAUAGUGAUGCCAAUAUCACACAGGCAGCAUGUUCCUUGCAGAAUCGAGAAGAGUGCAUGGGUUGUGGAAGCUAAGUUUUCCUGCAAAAAGUACCUAAACGUUGUUGUUCUUCCCAAUGAGAAGUGAGAGCACUGCCUUUUGGCAAUUAUCUUAGUGCAGAAUAGAAUUGAAGAACUUCUUAACAGUGUAAGAGUGGAGUGUGAAUCUAUAUUUGGUCCAUCCUCUUCCUAGCUUAGUUUAAUAUACUUUUGUUUCCUUCUUUGAGCGUUUAAUUGGCUAUUGUUAUAGUCUUUUCUAAUGGGGGUUUAGAAAUUGAGAAAUACAAGAACAAGUAUGUAUGUGGAAGAGAUUUUCUUAGCAGCAUAUGAAAGGAAUGUCCUCUAUUCCUGUUAGUUGCCUAUCUAAUUAUAAAGACUGUUUCUCAUCUCUUGUUUAGUGCCUGUGCAGAAAAGCAUUUUUCAUAAUUUGUAUUAAAGGCUGUAAUGCUCCAAUGGAAGGCCCAAACCAUAUGACCUAUACUUCAAAAGGAUUAGUCAAUGAUAUAAUCGAAGUCCCAUUAAAACCUUAUAACGAGUAAGAACUUCUCAUUCCCAAGCAAUGUGGGAUCACAUUCACCACCUACCCUUAUCUUUAUCAUAUGGGGUAUUACAAUCUCCCGACAUCCUCGUCAGGUCUAUCCAUUAUAAGUGGCACGGCUCAAGUCUCACAUUUCUAGUUGGGAUAGGUUCCGAUACCAUUUGUAAUGCCCUAAUAGAAGGCCCAAAUCACAGGCCUAUAUUCCAAAAGAAGUAGUCAAUGAUACAAUUGGAGUCCAAUUGGAACCUUAUAAAGAGCAAUAACUUCUCUUUCCCAGACAAUAUGAGAUCACAUUCACCACCUACCCUUAUUCUUAUCAUAUAGGGUAUCACAAAGGCUUUGGCUGAUUAUUAUGAUCCCGACUCGAGGAACCCUAAACCCCCAGAUUCAAGUUUUUAUAUUUGGAUUUUGAUUGAUGGUUCUUGUUAUAGACCUUGGACCUUAAUUGAACAUAUUAGAUUGGUCAGAUGUGGAUAGUUGUAAAGAGGGACUUUAUUUGGGAAAAUGGCAAUUUUUUCUUCUAACAAAUUGGGCGACUUUUGAAUUUAUAUCUUAGGGUGCAGCAAUUUUCACAUAAAUGCUGAAGUUUAAAUUUUUAAAUCUUUUGGGUCUGACGGGGUAGGGUUUUGGAGUUUGUUAUCUAAUGUAUGGUUCAAAUUAUUUUGUUUAGCAUCAAGAUUGUGUGUUAUUAUGGUUAUUUGAAAUGUUAUAUCAAAUAAUUGGAAUCUUGACUGCUGGCUUUGAGUUUCGCUAAAACCUUAGAAAGUGUGAUGCUUUCUUUCACAAAGUGAGUUUUCUAGCAACCUAUUGCAGUGAUAUUCAAUACUUAUACGAACCCUCACUUCCCCAAACAAUUUUAUCAAUUCCCAGUACUUUUACAAUGAUAGCAUGUAACUAUUAUGGUAAAUGAAUAGAGCUUAUUAUUUCCUUUUAUGGGUUUUCUUAGUAAAUAUAAACUUAACAAACAUUAUCAAAUUCGAAUGAAGUAGAUUUCACUAUGCCUCUCUUCUCCUAGCCUCUCACUUAUGAAAAGAGAUGCUGAAAAGUUUGUUUAUGCACAGGUGUUUUAGAGUUUGUUCUCUGCACUGUGGCCCAUCAUUUUAGUUAGAUUUGUAAGAAUGACUUUGACCUGACCUGAAUUAUGAUAAAGUUAGAAAACUUUUUUCUUUCUUUGGGUUGAGAUUUAUGGAUUUGAGUCAUUUAUUGCAAAAUCAUAACAUGCAUUUUAAGUUGUUUAACUUAUCAAAAAAUAAAAAAAUGAAGUUUAACGAUAUGAUAUCAUCAAAGAUGGUUAAUAGAAUAGCUGCAAAAAUAUCUGGUAAUUUAUUUUUGGGUUGAGUUUUCAUAUGCUUGUUAGUCAUUCCAAUGGUUAGAUGUUGCAAUGAUAGAUGAGAGGAUGAGUUAGAGAUGUGAAGGACGAUUUUCUGCAGAGCUUGUGGAGAAUGAUUUGAUGGCGAUUGCAAACUUGGUCCACAUAAAGGUUUUGUUCCAUCAGUUAUAAACUGCUUGUACAAAAUUGAUGGUUACAAUCACCUUAUCAUUUGUGGCUAGGAGCCAUUUUAUAUGAGUCAAAAGUGAUGUGGAAAAUAUGAGUACUAGGUGAAGGGGGGUACUUUUGGUUCAAAAAACUUACGGUAGUCGUAUUCCUUGGAAUCUUGUUUACAUUAGUUUAAUUGGAGACUCCUGUGACACCAGUGCAGCCUCUUGUAUAUGUACUCUAAUGUCUUAGUCAGGGUUAUACUUUGAUUGGCUGAUAAAAAAAUAUAUUUCUUAACCAAAGAAAUAAAGUGUAUCUUUUGACUUGAUUAGGAUGUUCCUUCUUAACACAUGGUUGUAUUGACUGGUGGAGUCCCAACUCCAUUUAGACUUAAGCUAUGUUAACUUGCGUCUACUGAAGAUAUAUAGUUUUUGGCACGUGUCUGCAGGAUGUACAGGAUCAGCAGCUUCAGAAGUGGGUAAACGAGGUCUGAAUUGGUACCUGUUUUUAGAAACUGGUUUACUACAUGGGCCAAAGGAAUAUAUAAUUAUCUUUGAUCUUUACUGCCAGGAAUAUUUAAGAGUCUAACACACAUGAACUUAAUUCGCAUUUAUAUUACAUCAAUGUUGAAUUUUUGUGACAUUUCUAAAUUGGAAGAUAAGUUUUAUUUGUGAUGGAAUUUUGGUCAUUUUGCUAGAAAGGUGAAAUUCUAGAGUUGCCAUUUUGCUUUAUUGUGUAACUACCCUUUCAAGUGCCCCAUUGGUGGAUGUACCAGAGUGCUGCAUUCAAUUGGUCCUCGAGUUCUUUUAUGGUUAUUGCCUUUUCACAUACUGACCGUAUUAUAGCAGCAUCUGAAUGUCAUGCAGAAGUUUACGAGUUCAAUUUGCAUUUUCACUUCAAGCAGUGUUCACUGGGAAGUGAGGGAGAUUUGGGACCAUAUCUUUAAGAUAAGCCAAGAUUUAUUUUGAUAAAGUAAUAAGAUAUUUUAUUGAUGUGAAGAUAGGCAUAGCCCAGGUACACUGGAAGUAUACAUGUGAAUAUAUAAGCCAAGAUUUAUUCAUCAUGUUUAUAGAGAAGUCAACUAAAUUGCAGAUGUAUUGGCCAAGCAAGGAGCAAGAGGCGUUCGACGAGACUACCCUGUGCGUCAUGGCAUUCCGAGAGAAGAUAAAGGUUUGUUAAUAGCUGGGAAAGCAGAGCUUCCUUGUUAGCAUUGUAAAUGAAUAGUUUCUUUUUUGUUUGGUUAUUUUAUCUAGUUUUUCUCGAGGUUUAGAUUUUUUUACAGUACCUUGGUUUUUGGGCUUUUAUUUUUACUUGUAAGCACCAAGGUACUAACUUGUCAUCAAGGUAUUCUUCUACCAAAAGUGCAGGUAACCAAUAAAUUGUGGGUACCCUCGUCUUCUUAAGUAAAAAAGUGUACCAAGUUUGUUGCAUUCAGAAGCAGGAAAAACUUGUAUCAUUUCUUAUCACUAAUUUAUGGAAAUCUCCUAUUGCCCUUUAUUUCGAUUGUCUACUGGAAAUUAUGCAUUAUUCUCUUUUCUAGAUGUUCAGUGCAGCUUAUGGUCAAAAUGCAUUGUUUCUGCCUACUUGUUUUUAUAAUUUUUUGUUUUGUGGCUUAGGAAUUACUUGGAUGACCAAGAGAAUAUUCAAACUCUGUCCAAUGUUUGUACAACAUUGACCCUGAAUUGUUAAUUUUAGUACAAUUUUGAAUUA